UGCCUGCAAACGCCAGGGGGCGGGAUCGAAAUGUCAGGAAUGGGUUGAAGUUUCUAGGCCAGUUAGAGGGCGGAGCCUGAAAAGUUCAGGAGCCCCGUCUUGGAGUUGCACCCCCAGGGAGGGCCUAAGGGUGUAGUAUGAGGAGCGGGAUCUUCGCGCUAUUAGAGGACUAUGGGAAAGUCUGGAGGUGUAUUUAAAUAGCCGGGCCCAGGAUUAUUACUUAAAAGUCAGGCUCCGGUCGGUUAUUCAUGUGGGCUGAGCCCAGUUAAAUGGGUGGGUGUGCCGGUCUAUGUUCUAGAGGCAUGGAAAUGAGGUGAGGCUAGAAUGUUAAAUCAGGGGGCAGGUCCUAGGUGGUUUCCACGCAGUACCCCUGACUGCCUUUUUCAUCUAGCCAUUAGUGUGCUGGAUUCUGCGGACAUAGAGGUUACAGACAGUCGCCUGCCUAAUCCCACUUUCGUGGAACACCGGCCGCAGCAUCAUCAGUCGGAGACCUUGGGUACAGGUCCCGCGCCGCUCCAAGUGACCCAGGCUAAGGGCCGUUCUGCUUCGAAGCCGCUUCAGACCUCUGGACGGUUCUGUGUGGAACUGGUUCGCGGUUCCGCGGGCUUUGGCCUCACAUUAAGCGGAGGCAAAGAUUCAGCAGGGGAUGCUCCUCUGGCAGUGCGCGGGCUGCUGAAAAACGGGCCCGCUCAGCGCUGUGGUCGCUUGCAGGCUGGGGACCUCGUGCUCCACAUCAACGGAGAGUCAACUCAGGGCCUCACCCACGCCCAAGUGGUGGAGCGCAUUCGCACAGGCGGCCCCCGUCUCCACCUUGUACUAAGCAGGCCCCUUGAAACCCACCCCAGCAAGCCUGAAGGGGUGGGAGGGCCCCAGAAAAGAGAUGCUCUGCCAUCUCCAGAUAGCAGCCCAGAUCCUGGAGGACCAGACGUGAUGAGGUCUCGCAGCGUCAGUGCUUCCCCAGUUCAGCACCCUCGAUCCGGUACGAUGGCCCAAACCCGGGGCAGCCCAGAGCCUAGCCCAGAGCCGCUGGCCGACUGCCCCGCGGUUCCUCCUCCUGAGCGCCGCACAGAGGAGUCUGACGACCGAACCCCGGGUUCCCCGGGACCCUGGCUGGUGCCGAGUGAGGAUCGGCUUUCGCGAGCCUUAGGGAUCCCAGGGGCCGCGCAGCUUGCUCUCGAGAUGGCAGCUGGGAGGCGGAGGCACUGAGCAUGUAUGGGACGAUCUGAUGCUCACUUGGUACUGCCCAACCUGGAUCUGGUGUGCUCCGCCGACCGCACACUAGCAUCGCUGUGAGAGCUUGCACUUGGUCUUGUCCCACCCCCACUCCUGCCGCGCAGCGGACCACCCCGCUCCCCUCGCAGUGUCAGUGGUACAGCCCUCCGGACGGGCGAGCCCUGUGCUUCUAGUUUCGAGCGGGGGAGGUAAUAAAAUGGUUUGACCCAGUCUUGACUUGCCAG